CAAUCACUGCACGAGAUGCUACAAGUCUAAGGCCAUGCUAUGUUUCCUCAGUGUAGGAAUUCUGUCAUUUCCCAUGGCCUUUAGCCUUCCCUGCCAAAGAGUGCUGGUGCUUCACCAAUCUGCAAUCCAGCCAUAGCAGUUAGAGUGGUGUUAAACUGUAUUAAUUUUAUGGUAUAGAUGUACCCUAUGUUUUCCUCUGUUUAUGUAAAUCUUAAACUCUUUUCCCAGGCAGGAUUUGUAUUUGCUCCUGGAAUUGAUAGAACCUUAUUGGCUCAACAAUGACUUAGCUUUAAAAUGCCUCUGUCCUACUUUCUCUGGAUUGAAUAAGAAAAGAGAUCAGUUUUAUAAAACUGUGAAGAAACAUCCUAAAAUUUUAGCCCAAUAGUUAGUUCUGAGCUAUUAAAUAAUGAGUUUUUGUGUGACUGGCAAGUUCCAGGAGAAAAAAAACACGCUCAUAUUUCUAGCAAAUUCAGCUGAACUUCCUUAGGCUCUUAAAAAUUAAUCCACUUGAGGUGCAGCUAUAGUGUAGAACAAACACAAUUUGACACCACUUUAACUGCCAUGGCCCAAUGCUAAGGGACUGUAGGAGUUGCAGUCUUAUAAGAUAUGUAGCCUCCACUGCCAAAGAGUAUUGGUGCCUUACCAAACAACAGAUCGCAAAUGCUUUCAAAUAGUUGGAACUCAAAAGACUGUCAUUAUUGGUUAGAUCUUGUUGGGUCGGGGGAGACUUUAAUUCACAAUAUUCCCCAGCUCUCAGGCCAUUGCAGUUGGGGGCUUCUGGGGUCUGUUGUCCAAACUGCUUUUUGGCUGCCCCCCCCCCCCUCUAAUACAGCUCUUUCGCAUUAACUGCAGAAGGAGCACAAGUUUUAGACAAACCAAAAAGCAUUUAACUGAGAUUUUUCAUGGGUGCAAUUACAUUUUACUUGCCUAAGAGCCAAAGAAGAGAUUCUGAUCUAAAGGAAGAAGUUGUCUUAAUAUUGUUGUAGUGACUUUUUCUCUGUGUUUUAUUCUUAUAAAAAUAUACUCCCAAGCUUAUCAUUGACAUUACCAAAUUCUUAAUAAGUAUGGGUUCAUAAUGUCAAUAAACCUACCCCUACAUCUUUUCUGCACACUUAAAGUUUUUUUUGUCACACUGCACACUUCAAAAAAGUGCAAGAUAUAAUGAGUCAGCUAUUCUUGACAAAAAGGGAAUUUGAGCCAUGAGAUCUUACACCACAUUAUAUCAAUAUUGAUAAGAUUCAAUACGAUUAUAAGCUUGUGUAACCAUUGCAUCAAUUGCUGGCAAGUUUUAUGUUAUUAAUUGCUAAGCUAUUAAACAUACGUAUUUCAACAGUUAUCAAGCAACUUAUGUGGGGAGGGGAAUAUAAUGAAUGCUAUACAAAUGUAGUGGGGUGAAGGGGGAGAGGGAGGAAGGAACCUCCCAAAUCCCAAUAUCAAAACAUGUUAUGGUAAAGUAUAAACUUUUAAAGGAGCAAUUCAUAGUAAGAGCCAGGGUGGCGUAAUGAUUUGAGUGCUGAACUAGAACUAUGAGCAAAUCUUUCCAAGAAAACACAGUGACAGGUUUACUUGCUCCAUAAGUCAGAGAUGACUGGAAGGCAUAUAGCACCAACCCACCUGUACUCGUUCCUCAAAAUGGUACAGACUGCAACCUACAUUGGAUUCACUUCUCUACUGAGAUGGAAAACACGAGCUGUCUGUGUUGAGCAAUGACAUCAGACGGAGCCUCAGAUCUAUCAGGAAGUUGAUCCUAGCCAGCACUUUUUCAGACCAACCAGAAGCCAGUGCAGUAGUCCUGAAUAGUUGUCAGGAUGUUAUAAAUAAACCUAUAUGUUCACAAUUGCUACAUGUCAGGCAAAAAUAUCUCAGAAGGCAUGAUGCUAUAAAAGCAUUUUAAAUCUAUGAAAUUCAGUAGGUCACUAUAAGUUGACAGGUGACUUACACACGCACGCGCAUGCACACACACAUAUACCGGUAUAACCCCAGAGAAUUUAGCCAACAUAGAGUUUAAUGUUUCAAGAAGUGGCUGCUAAUCUUUAUUUGACCACCAUCUGAGAAAAGCACUUACAAAUCAUACAAAGGAGUGGAAGGAGUUGUAUAGGUCUUGCACAAACAAGACUCUCCUCUGGGCGGAGUCCCAAGACUUUAUUGUUCCGGGCAAAGAUUCUUGUGCAACCACAGAAAGGAUUGCCUGGAGCUCAGACCAAAGGCUCAGAGAAGAAUAUAUGAAUCCAACCAUGGCGGGAAAACCCAGACUUUACUAUUUCAAUGGAAGGGGGAGAAUGGAAUCUAUUCGCUGGCUGUUAGCAGCUGCUGGUGUUGAGUUUGAAGAAGUAUUUUUGGAAACAAGACAGCAAUAUGAAAAACUAUUGAAUGAUGGAUUCCUGCUCUUCCAGCAAGUGCCCAUGGUUGAAAUUGAUGGGAUGAGGCUCGUAGAAACCCGGGCCAUUCUGAGCUACAUUGCUGCAAAGCAUAACCUUUAUGGGAGGGAUAUCAAGGAGAGAGCAAUAAUUGAUAUGUAUGUUGAAGGAACAAUCGAUCUUAUGGCAAUCAUUAGAGUCCAUUUCAAACUAUCUCCCAAAGAAAAGGAGGAAAAUCUUAAAUUGAUCAUUGAGCGAGCUACGAAGAGAUACUUCCCAGUUUAUGAGAAGGUUUUGAAAGACCAUGGACAGCAUUUUCUUCUUGGUACCCAGUUCACUUGGGCGGAUGUCCAACUGAUUGAAGCCAUUUUGAUGACAGAAGAGAAGGAGCCUGACAUCCUCUCAGAGUUUCCUUCCUUGCAGGCAUUUAAAGCAAGAAUUUGUGAAAUUCCUACAAUUAAGAAGUUCCUGCAGCCUGGCAGUCAAAGGAAACCUCCACCUGAUGAAAAAUUACUGCAAACAGCAAAUAGAGUUUUCAAUAGGAAGUAAAACAGAAGAUGUGUUAAAUCCUAUUAGAGAAGUAGCUAUUCUAUACAUCUCUAAAAAUAUCACUUGCCAUUGAAAGGCUGUAUGUAAAUACUAGCUUUUCUAUAGUUUAACUAAUAAACAUUUAUAAUCAUUGUUAAUCCAAACUCUACAGGCUGUCCCCAAGUUAUGAAUAAGAUAGCGUCUGUAGGUUUGUUCUUAAGUUGAAUUUGGACAGGUACUUUUUAAAGUGUAACUCCAGCCACACACACACACACACACACACACACACACAAAAUCUUAGCUUUGGAUAACAUAGAGGAGGGUUGACACCCCUGUGAUGUUUGUUUUGCUGUCCAGAGGAUUUCACCUCACUUUCUGUCCCUGUGAUACUUGGAUUUUGAAAUAGGAUUAGUGAGAAAGCUGUAGUGGAGACAUCUUUUCCCCAUGAUAACUCUUCCAGGAAUGAAUUUUCCUUUCGAGGGGUAGAUUUCUCUCAUUUCAUGUCAUCUCACUCCUGCUUGUAACUAUGAGUAAUUUGUAAGUCAGAUGUUUGCAACUCUGGGACUGCCUGUAUAUGAGAAAACAAAAAUCCAAAUAUAUAUUGGGGAAAUACAUGAGAAAACUGAUAACUAAACAAUAAAAUAUGAAUAAAAAUCAA